AUGGCUACAGCAAUGCAAAAUGAUGAUUCUGCCAUUGAAAAAUGGAAACUUCGUCGAACUAUUCAAUAUUUAUCAUCAUUACGUGGACGUGGUACAUCAUUAGUAACAAUGAUUGUUCCUGCUCAAUCACAACUAUCACGAACAACGAAACUUCUUACUGAUGAAUAUGCACUAUCAUCAUGUAUUAAAUCAUCUCAAACUCGACAUAAUGUUCAACAAGCAUUAAGUGCUGCUCAAGGACGACUUCGUUUAUAUACACAAAAUACAUUACCAGAAAAUGGUCUUGUUCUUUAUACAGGUAUUGUUUAUGAUGAAGAACAACAUCGUGAAACAAAAAUUUCAAUGUGUAUUGAACCAUUACAACCAUUACAAUAUGGUCUUUAUCGAUGUGAAACACAUUUUAUAACUGAUUUUCUUCAACAACAAAUAAUCGAUAGUGUUAAUGAUUUAAAUGCACGUCGAUAUGGAAUUAUGGUUAUUGAUGG